AUGAGUCAUGAUUUCUUCGACGAGCAACCAGUCAAGGGGGCUCGCGUGUAUUACAUUCAUCAUUCCGUGCUGAAUGACUGGCCGGAUGCUGCAUGUCUGCGAAUUCUCAAGCCACUUGUUACUGCUAUGGAGCGAAAUUACAGCAAACUUUUGAUCAUUGAGCCGAUUGUUACUGAUCGAGAUGCUGAUCCGGAGAUCACUGGGUUGGACAUCGUUAUGAUGAGUCUCUUCUCGGCGUGUGAGAGACAAGAGAGUGCAUGGCGUUCUUCUUUGUUGGCCGAUGCUGGUCUGACUGUAGUGAAGAUCUGGACUCAUCCAGAAGUAAGCGAGAGUCUCUGA